GAACAGAGUAUCUGUCAGGCAAGAGCUGCUGUGAUGGUUUAUGAUGAUGCCAAUAAAAAGUGGGUGCCAGCUGGUGGUUCAACGGGGUUCAUCAGAGUUCAUCUAUAUCAUCAUACAGGCAACAACACAUUCAGAGUGGUGGGCGGGAAGAUUCAGGACCAGCAGGUCGUGAUAUAUUGUGCCAUUCCUAAAGGGUUGAAGUACAAUCAAGCUACACAGACCUUCCACCAAUGGUGGGAUGCUAGACAGGUGUAUGGUCUCAACUUUGGCAGCAAAGAAGAUGCCAAUGUCUUUGCAAGUGUCAUGAUGCAUGUCUUAGAAGUGUUACAUUCACAGGAAACAAGGCCAACAUUGCCUAGACAAAAUUCACAACUACCUGCUGAAGUUCAGAAUGGCCCAUCACAAGAAGAAUUGGAAAUUCAAAGAAGGCAACUACAAGAACAGCAAUGACAAAAGGAGCUGGAGCGGGAAAGGCUAGAGAGAGAAAGGAUGGAAAGGGAGAGAUUGGAGAGGGAGAGGUUAGAAAGGAAAAGGCUGGAGCGGGAGCGACUAGAACAGGAGCAGCUGGAGAGAGAGGGACAAGAAAGGGAACGUCAGGAUCGUCUGCAGCGGGAGAGACAAGAGCGGGAGAGGCUGGAGAGACUGGACCGGGAAAGGUCAGAAAGAGAGCGGCAAGGGCAGCUAGAAAGGGAGCAGCUGGAAUGGGAGCAAGAGCGAAGAAUGGCAAAUGCCGCUGCCCCUGCCUCUGUGGAGGCUCCUCUAAACUCUGUGCUGGGAGACUCCUCUGCUUCUGAGCCAGGCUCGCAGGCAGCCUCUCAGCCGGCCUAGACUCCAUCCCAACAGGGCAUUGUCUUGGGACCUCCACCCCCUCCUCCACUCCCACCAGGUCCUGCCCAGGCAUCAGCCGCGCUCCCUCCUCCCCCAGGAUCCCCUCCACCCCCUCCACUUCCGUCCUCAGGGCCCCCGCCUCCGCCUCCUCCACCACCUCUUCCUAAUCAGGUACCCCCUCCCCCCCCCCCACCUCCUGCUCCUCCCCUCCCUGCAUCUGGAUUUUUUUCGGGAUCCAUGUCUGAAGACAAUCGCCCUUCAACUGGACUUGCAGCUGCAUUUGCUGGAGCAAAACUUAGGAAAGUGUCACGGACGGAGGAUGCCUCUUUCCCAAGCGGAGGGAACACCACUGGUGUGAAUUCGGCCUCAUCUAAAACAGAUAUGGGCCAUGGAAAUGGAUCCCUUCCGUUAGGGGGUAGUGGUUUAAUGGAAGAAAUGAGUGCCCUGCUGGCCAGGAGGAGAAGAAUUGCUGAAAAGGGAUCAACAACAGAAACAGAACAAAAAGAGGACAAAAAUGAAGAUUCAGAGCCUGUAACUUCUGAGGCCUCUUCAUCAAGUACACCUGAACCGACAAGAAAACCUUGGGAAAGAACAAAUACAAUGAAUGGCAGCAAGUCACCUGUUAUUUCCAGAUGGGAUUCUCCAAGGAAAAAUCAGAUUGUUUUUGACAACACGUCCUAUGAUUCAUUACACAGACCAAAAUCUGCGCCCUUGUCACAGCCCAGUGCCAACGGAGUCCAGGCAGAGGGACUGUACUAUGACAGGCUGAAGCAGGACAUUUUAGAUGAAAUGAGAAGAGAAUUAACUAAGCUAAAAGCAGAGCUCAUUGAUGCAAUCAGGCAGGAACUGAGCAAGUCAAAUACUGCAUAGAGAAUCAAACUAAGGAGAGAUAGGACUUUAA